AUGGCAUCUUCAAGUCUCAUCAAGCUCAGAUCCUUUCUGUGGGGAAACGAUCCCAAAGACGCUUCACUUUUAAUCAAACUCGAUUUCACUAUCCUCCCCUACUUUUCCCUGAUAUGGUUCCUUUUCGGACUGAGCAGGGCGAGUUAUGGAUCUGCAUACAUCUCUGGGAUGGGCGCAGAUUUGGGCUUCAAGGGAAAGGCGUACAAUUACAUGAAUACCGUGUAUCUCGUCUUCUAUGCGGUUUGCCAGAUGCCUGGAACUUCCUUACUCACUAUUGCACCGCCAAAAUAUGUGUUCGUUGGAGUGAAUGUGACUUGGAGCAUCCUCACCCUUAUCACAUUUAAAAUGACACACUUUUACCAAGUCAUUGUGUUAAACGGAUUUGAAGGCUGUUUAUCUGCAAUCGCGUACGUCGGUGCUCAUUUUAUAUACGCCUCCUGGUACAAGAAGUCGGAGCUUGGCACAAGGGCUGCUAUCUUUGUUAGUUGUGGACAACUGGGGAGUAUGGCAGGAGGUUGGAUUCAAGCAGGUCUAUUGGAGUCAUUAGCGGGAAAGAACGGAUUGCCAGCCUGGCGUUGGCUAUUCAUUAUCGUUGGCAUCCUUACAAUACCCACUGCUAUCUUCGGCUGGGCCUUUAUCCCUGAUCUUCCAUCUCACAGGAGUGCGUGGUAUCUUACCGAAGGAGAAAAAGAACAUGCGGUUGCCAGACUUGGGCAACCCAAACAGAAUACCUGGGACAGGACUGUAUUCAAACGGGUUAUCUUUAGCUGGCAAUUUUGGUUACUUCCUACCAUCUUCAUGCUUUACUCGCUCGCGAUCCAAAUGGAGCUCAACAACGUCAUGCAAUUAUGGUUGGCUUCUCGCGGCUACACAGUGGUGGAAGAGAACAACUACCCAACAGCGGUCUAUGGAGCUGCCAUCUUUGGAACUGUAUUCUAUUCGUUCAUCUCAGACAAGAUACAAUCUCGUUGGCAGUGUUCUCUGGCUAUUGGGGUAACAUUCAUAAUUGGGAGCGCAAUACUCAUCGCCAAUCCUCGUGCAGAUGCCGGUCACUUCUUUGCUUUCUAUCUCCUAGGAACGACAUACGCACCCCAAGCGCUGUGGUAUUCUUGGAUGGCUGAUGUCACGGCACACGAUUUUCAGCUACGAGCGAUUACCACCGGCUUUAUGAACUCUUUCGAUUUUGGAUUCUCCACUUGGUGGCCCUUGAUCUUUUAUCCAGUCACUGAUGCUCCGAACUAUAGAAAGGGAUAUAUUGCGAGCAUCAUUACUGGAGCGCUAAUCAUACCGACGGUAUUGGUGAUUGCGUAUUUGGAGAAGCAAGGUAUCAAGAAUGGGACACUGGGAAGGAAGUUUGAUACUGAAGAAAGUGCGGGUGACGAGUCUGUCGAAGCUGGUACUGAGCAGGUGCCGUUGCCAGAGAAAGCAUAAUUAAAAUUGGGAAUCGGCUGCGGCUGCAUGAGAUUCUGAGUGUUCCACUUUAGAAGGGAACAAUAGACAGUUCACUAGGGCAAAGGGAGGGAAGGAGCAGGAGUGGAGACUGAAUCCCAAUGAGGGAGGAACUGGGGGAGUAGUUUAAUUCAAAUGGC